AUGGUGAUUGAGAAGCCCAGUCCCCUGCUGGUAGGGUGGGAGUUUGCCAGACAGUAUUACACACUGCUCAAAGCACCAGACUUCCUGCACAGAUUUUAUGGGCAAAACUCAUCCUAUGUCCAGGAUUCCAGUGGAAAGCUGUCAGAGGCAGUCUAUGGGCAUCUUAAAGAGGAUUAUAAAGAUAUCAACCAGCAUCUGUUGUCCUUGAAAUUCAGUGAGUGCCACACAAAAAUUCAGCAUGUGGAUGCCCAUGCCACUCUGAGUGAUGGUGUGGUUGUCCAGGAUGGAGAGCCCAUGAGGAAGUUCCUGCAGACAUUUGUGCUGGCCCCAGAGGGUUCUGUGGCCAAUAAGUUUUAUGUUUGCAGUGACAUCUUCCAUUAUGAGGAUGAGGUCUUUGGGGACUCUGAGGCUGAACUGGAUGAAGAGACACACGAGAAACCACCUCUGGAACUGGACUCUGGAGCAGCCCCAGAACCCAAGCUUAAGGAACUGAAGUUCAAGGCUGAAGAGAAGGUUCUAGAAGAGUUUGAGAAUGCACCGUCCCCUGUUCCUGUGGAAUCACCACAGAACAUACAAGAAACAUCUGAAACGUUCUCUUGGGCUUCUGUGACAAGCAAAAAUCUGCCCAGUGGGACUGUCCCAACCUCUGGAGGUUCACCCCAUGCUGUGAAAGCACCAAACGCUCAGCCCAGAGUUGAGACCAAGCCAGAGACGCUGUCAGCUUCAAUUCGUCCGCGUGAUCAACGCAUCUGUGACCGACCUUCUGUAAGCUCAAGAGGGACUAGAUCAGAUGGCAUCAGCUCUUCAGAAUCUCAAACUGGGAAACUGUAUUUCAGCUUCAUAAACUCAGGGCGAGGCGAUGAGUCAAGUGAAAUGGACGGCAGAAGUGUUGUCAGGUAUCCAGACAGUCAUCAACUCUUUGUUGGAAAUCUCCCUCAUGACACUGAUGAGAGUGAACUCAAAGACUCCAUGACAUUUGGGAAUGUUGUUGAGUUACGAAUCAACACCAAAGGCACUGGAGGAACGCUACCAAACUUUGACUUUGUUGUCUUUGACUCUGAACCAGUGCAGAGAAUUUUAGGAGUCAAACCGAUCAUGUUCCGUGGCGAGGUACGCCUUAACGUGGAGGAGAAAAAGACGAAGGUGACUCGUGAGCGGGUAACUCGAGGUGGAGAAGAUCGCAGGGACCAAAGGUGUAAUGAUCGUGGUCCAGUGGGACCACGUGGCAUUGCUGGAAGCAGUAUGACGCGAGAACGGGACGGCAGAGGCCCACCUUCACAAGGUGCCACUGUACCCAAACCAGGAGUAGCUUCUGGGAGAGGCACCGGUUCAAAUGAGGGCCGUUUUACUGCUCCUUGGCAUUGA